AUGUCGUCGGAGGUAGAGGCUGACCAGAUACCCAUACGACGACAAGGACUUCGUCGAUGCAGCAGUGCAACAUGUCUUUCGGAUGGAAACGCUUCUGAUAAAACACCACUGGAACAUCCCGAUCUCAUGAGAGUGAGACAUCUGUCAUUUAUAAAGGGUACAAUCAAACCUUGCUUAAAACCACCAGCUAAAAAACAGGACGGAUCUGGAAGUAUAGCAUCACUGAGUUACUCACGAGGCCGAGAAUCUGACAGCGAUAUGAAUGACGACAUAUUUGAAACCGCCUCUGUAAGAUCGGAAGAUAUCUUUCUGUCAUCAGAACAAAAACAACAGAAAAAUCAGUCUAGCUUGUUGGACAGUUUUGUCUUGAUCCUAAGCGGUCUGUAUGGUAUUUUGCUUGUUGUGAUUGGUUCUGUCGUUCCUAUUGCAGAAACUUUUGUUCAUUCCUAUGUUAGACAUAUCACCUUUGAGGUAUUUUACAUAUAUCUGUAUGCAGUCAGUAUCUGCUUUAUUAUCUAUAUAUACAUGUUCCUUCUGCACGAUUCUCCCGUAGCUGUUGGUAAUCUCAAAAGAAGUUUGAGUGAGCGAGGCAAAAAACGUCUGGGACCAUCAUCUCCAGAUACUGAAAAUUGUCUGCCAGAUACCUGGAGUCAGAUCUCACGCAGUAAACGACGAAAAAUUACUUUUAACAACACAAUGAAACAAAGUGCUGCAAGUUUUUAUCUUCGACUUGGUGCAGUGGUGUUUGGAAUAGGUUGUAUGAUAUUAGAGGGUCUAUACAUUGGACAGCUCCUGGAGAUAUCACAUUCUAACGAUCCAUGUGCUGCCUGGAGUAUGAUUAUCAGACCUGUCCUGAAACCAUGCUUUACCUUUUCACAAUUAUUCUUCAUUUUCAGAAACUCAAAGAUGGUUGUGUAUAAAGCUCGAUCAAUAGCAAGAUUUGGCUUUAUGCACAUGGCUGCAACAAACAUCUGUAGUUGGUUCAGAUCUAUUGUCAUGGAAACAUUGCAGUCCUUUGCAGAAACAAUCGCAGAACAGAGACUGCAGAAACUAAAGCUUGAGCAAGAAUCCAGCAACAUGACCGAUGUGAGUCACCAAUCUAUUCAUAUCAGACUUCCGCUUACUGAGUUUUCCUGUCGCUACAGUAACAUGAUAGGAGGGAUGUUAAUGAAUUUCAGUCAUUAUCUUUAUCCAUUCUGUAUAGAAUAUAGCGUCAUUUGUGCAGGAAUUUUAUAUGUCAUGUGGAAAAACAUAGGAGUGAAAGAGAAACUGGUUAUCAGUGAAUCGGAAGACAAAGAAGAAAACCGACAGAGACAUAAAAUGAGCGUGGAUUGUUCGGGUUCCAGUAGAGGACUUUUUCUAGGAAUAUUUGUGUUCGUUGGCAUGGUUUGUAGUAUGAUCGUGUUUUACGUCAUCAGUAAGCAUGACCCGGAUGCAAAACAUACCGCCAUUAUUGUACAUUCAACAGAAAUCAUCAUAUUGUCUUUUGCAAUGGCGGCAAUUAUUGGUGCGGCAGUGAGCAUGCGCAAUCUUCAUUUUAUUUGGAAGACAAAAGAUAUGCUUGAAGAGACACUAAUUUUAGUAUCAAUGACGGGACUGUACAUGUUUUCAAUGUUUAGUUUAAUCUCAGCGUUCUUUUACAAAGACACAACUAAAGGUGUUUUAAUGAUUAUCGUUCAUAUCUUGAUGAUAUGUGUUGCGACUGCGCAAACUAUUUUUAUGAUUUUUGGAUUACGAUUAUCUGCGAAAAAUGUGAAUCAUGUUAAAUCAAAACCAGGAAGAGAGUUUGUUACAUUCUUAUUAUUGUGUAACUUUUCUUUAUGGUUUAUUGCGACGUUUGAAAUUCAAAAAGCAGGACAUAAUCCGCAACAACUGGAGUUUUAUGGCGCAAAAGCAUGGACUAUUUUCACGCAUAUCUCCGUACCACUAGGAAUAUUUUAUUUCUUUCAUUCUACUGUUUGCUUAUCCCACAUUUGGAAACAUGCUUGGAAAUUCAAAAAAUUCAGCAAAAUAUGA